UUUUAUCUAUUUGGGCACCCCACUGAAGCACGGUAUGCUUUACACAGUGCUGCUUUGUGCCUACGUGUAUAGGUGUGCCACAGAAAAUUUUCAGAAAUUCAAAGAAACCUUCAAGGUUAAGCGUUCUCAAAUUUUUAGAUGCACUUUCGCGGUUGGAGUGGUUGGAUUUUUGUCACGCACGCUGCAGCCAGUCGAUGCAGCACACUGGGGCUUUCUGCUGGUUUCAUUCAGGGUACUGUGUGUGUCCAUUUUACUCUCCUGCAGGAACUGCCCAUGGGUUUCAUUUUCAUGUUUUAUUGUUUAAAAUCAGAACUACUAUAGCUUCUGCGAUAUGGUCAGUUUGCAAAGGAUGAUUAUUUUUCUGUUUCAUACCAAGCCAGGUACCUGGCUUUCUCCUUUUUGUCUUUUUUUCUAAAAAAAUAAAAAUACUAUCAGAUGAUAGUGAAAGAGAUUAUUAUGUUUCAAAGGAGUUUAGUGAUAUGUACAAUUUUGACUAAAAUGGAGUGCUUUUUGCAAGUCUUGUCUACAUGGAGCUUCUGCACAACGGGUGUUGGUAUAUCUUGACAUUUUAGCAUCCCGGGCUGUGACUUGGAGAGGUUUCCUGAAUCUCAGCUGCCUCAGAAGCUUCUCUUCGGAAGCAGCAUGGGUUGUGGCAUGGAUGUGUUUGAUCCCGUCUUGGUUUUUGUAGACCUGGAGAAGGAACGGAACCGAGGCAUUGGGAAACCACUUCUAGGAGGUCCCUUCUCACUCAUUAACCAUGAGGGACAGCCCAAGACCAGCAAGGACUACAUCGGCCAGUGGGUGCUGAUCUACUUCGGCUUCACACACUGCCCUGACAUCUGUCCUGAUGAACUGGAGAAGAUGAUUGAAGUGGUAGAUGAAAUUGAUAGAAUUCCAUCUUUGCCUAAUCUGACCCCACUCUUCAUCACCAUUGAUCCUGAGAGGGACAAUGAAGAAGCCAUUGCCAGAUAUGUUAAAGAAUUUUCUCCGAAGCUGAUUGGAUUGACUGGUACCAAGGCACAGAUUGACCAAGUGGCCAAAGCUUACCGUGUGUAUUACAGUGAAGGUCCCAAAGAUGAAGACAGUGAUUACAUAGUGGAUCACACAAUAAUAAUGUACCUCCUGGGGCCAGAUGGUGACUUUGUGGACUAUUAUGGCCAGAAUAAGAGGAGCGCUGAGAUUUCUGCUUCUAUUGCUGCACACAUGAGAAAAUACAGAUCCUAAAACACAAAUUCUUCAAAGAUUGAUGUGAACAUCACCUGCAGGUUUGGCUGUAAUUGGGCAUUGGGUUAAAGCAGAAGCAUAAAGUGUAACAUCCUGUCACCACAUGCUUCCUUUCUUCCAGAUAAGAAAGGCAACCAUACUUCUGCAAAAUACCAUUAUCAAGAAUCUCUGUAGAGCCUUCCUGAUGGAUAUUAUGUGCAGCAAUGGCUAGCCUACAGAAUGAAAUUUGGGACUUCUCAGAAAUAUUGUUGGGAGCAAAAAAACGCUUUUCAUUUGAGAAGAACAUGUGUAUCACUGGUAAAAUUAAUUGGUAUCUUUUGGCAAGACAUCAGCGAAGGACAGUCACUGCAGGAGGAUGAUUACUUGAUGAAAAGUCAUAUGGACCAUGGCAUUCUCAGAGGACCUCUGCUGCCUUUUUUUUUUUCUGCACUGUUUUGCCUUCUGGGAGAGGCAGUUACAAUAUUAUAAGCAGGAGAGCCUUAAGAGGACUUCUUUAUCAAGUCUAAGAAGGUGGAGAGCACUGAAAGUGUCAACAGCUUCCACACAUAGGACCAGCCCUGUAGUGUGCCUGAUCUCUUCCUCAUUUGAAUACGGAAAUGAAAUGUUGUUUUUCUUGGUGAUUUUUCCAGGUGAAUUCUGUUAACUUAUAAGGAAGUGAAUAAUGGAUUGCAGAUAAGAUUUUUCUUCUGGUCUAAAUUUCAUGCCUGGUUGGGCCUGGUUGUGCUAUGGUGAGUAGUGAAGUGGAGUGGAUAAAGGGGGCCUGUGGCCAUGCAUAGGGCUGUCGGAUAAAUUCUAUGCAGUGCAGCAUUUGAAAACAGAUUGCUUUGUAUAAGCAAUAUAUAUUUUUCUUUUUCCUUAGUUAGGUUUGACCAGUAUAUCAUCAGAACUUUGUAUACUGGUCAAGCUUCAUAUUCCUGCUCUAUCUCUUUCUAAAAAGCAGUGUGUAUCUGGAGUAGUGCAAACCACAAGCUGAAUGUGCAUUUUUAAGGUAGCUGAACCCCAGAGAAUGGCCCACAGGAGACAAAACAGAAAAGUUCUUGGUGCAAGUCCCGGAGUGUUUCAGACUAAAUGCAAGUGUUCCUGUCCUGGUGUUCUUCUGAGCGUGGGGGUUGGAAGAGAAUGUUCCUGUCUGAGGGAAGGUGCAAUGUCUAUGGUAAACUUCCUUAUUUCUCAAAUCCUGAAAAAGAGUAAACUUAACCUGCUUCAGAGCAGUUACGAUAAAGUAGUGCGUAGGUCCACAUCAGCUGUCCUACACUGCUACGGUGACCUCCGGGGCACAUCAGGAAGGUUACUGUGAGUAUGUCUAAGACUGCACUCUUCUGAUAAAGCUCUUUGAAGGAAGACAGUACCAGUUUACAGUGGGAAUUCUAAAAAGUGUCUUAGUAGAAUUAAGAGCUGAAAAGGAAGUCAGGUGGUUUUUUUUUUUUUUCCUUGUUGUGCUGGCUGGCUUGAUUGCAGUAGGCAGGAGUGGCUUUGAAAGGAAAUUUCAUGCUUUAAGUCCUCUCUUCGAGGCUGUGUCAAAUCCAAGGUGUUAUCAAUAAUAUUGGUGUCUGUGAUAACUGGCACCCUGGCAAUAACGGUUUUAUUUUCAUGGAGUGGUUGCAAGUGUCAGCACUGUUUCUAAAGAGCCUUUCCUUUCUUUUUAUUCUUCCCCAAAAUCCUGGAGGUAAUUUAUUUCUUUAGAGAGCUGACUUUUGGCACCUAUUAGUUCUGCAUCUCUUUGGGUGGCAGUGCACCAGUUUUUUGCAACAAGACAGGCCAUGGCUUGACCUGCCGGUGAUAGUCCUGUUGGAAGCUGGACUGGAAACCUUUGGAGCCCCCUCUGCAACCAACAUUUCAGUGUUUCUAUGAAACUUAUCUUGCCAAGACUCUCUGAGACUCCCUGCUCCAGAUCAGUGUGUGUGCCCUUUUCUCAUCAUGACCUUUACAGGUAUCCUG